CACUCACCAUUUCAUUCCAGGCUGCAAAGACAAGUUCGUUCUCUUCAGUACAUAAACACAACCGAAUCACAACCAUGAAGGUACUUAUUCUGUUGGUGGCCGUUGCCGUAGUCGCUGCUACAUUUGAGUUUGAAGACUUUGCAGAGGGUGAUAUGAUCGCCAAGAGAGCAUACGACGACCUGAUGGAGUUCUCCAAGAGAGCACGAGGAAACAAGGGAAAACCAUACUCUUGUGUCAAUGACUACGGACAGGACUGCGCAUGCUCAGACACCCGUGGAGGCAAGAAGAAGUACCUCGUCUGCAACUAGAUUAAACAAGGAUGGACAACAGGACCCGAUGACCGGAUACGAUAUUUUGUAAAAUAGAAAGACUGUUUGUUGCUAUUGUCUUAAAGGAUGAGGUGGAUGGAUAUGGUUAGUGACUGUGGGCAGGCCAAGGUGAACUCUGUUGAUUGUUUGCGGUAAAGUUACAUCAUUUAAACCCUACUAAAAGGAUUGAGAAUAUCAACCAGGGAGAAUAACAUUUCUCAAAAAUGACUUAUAACUUUCACCCAAAUAUUAAAAAAAGCAAAAACAAAAAAACAAGGUUUUGGAUCGGGUUGAACACUACUUUUGGCUUGAUUUAAAAUGUUAUCUACAUCGAACAGCCGUUGUUAUCAAACACGUAGGACUGAUGGUUUGAGCUUACCCUUAUACAAUCCAGCCUCCACAAUAUUAACUUUAACACAACAUUGCAUAUUUUGUUUAAUUGUCCGGUAGUCAUAUUAGAAAGGAAUAAAAUAAUCAAUGAAUAUGCAAAUCAAA